AUGACUACUGCUGAUGUAUCCUCAAAAAGACAUGUGUUAAUGAUUGAUAAUUAUGAUUCAUUUACUUGGAAUUUAUAUCAAUAUUUACAUCAAUCUCCUAAAUGUGGUAAAGUAGACGUUUAUAGAAAUGAUAAAAUCACCAUUUCUCAAAUUGAAAAUGAAAUUAAGCCAGAUAUAAUUUUUAUUUCUCCAGGUCCAGGACACCCUUUGACUGAUUCUGGUGUUUCAAGAGAAGUAAUUAAGUAUUUCCUGGGUAAAAUCCCUAUUUUUGGUGUUUGUAUGGGACAAGAAUGUAUAUUUGAUGUAUUUGGAGGUGAUGUCUCAUAUGCUGGGGAAAUUGUUCAUGGGAAAACAACUACUAUAAAGCAUGAUGGUAAAGGUAUGUUUGAAGAUGUACCACAAUCAGUUGCUGUAACUAGAUAUCAUUCAUUAGCUGGUAGUUCUAAAUCGUUACCUGAUGUAUUAGAAGUUACUGCCGUUACGGAAACUCAACCAGAAGUGAUUAUGGGAGUUAGACAUAAAAAAUAUACCAUUGAAGGAGUUCAAUUUCAUCCUGAAUCAAUUUUAACUGAAAGUGGACAAUUAAUGAUUGAUAAUUUAUUAGGAGUUUAUGGUGGUACUUGGGAAGAAAAUGAUGCAUUUAAAACCGGUAAAAUGAUUAACAAAACUGGAGGCGGUAAUAUAUUACAAAAAAUUUACAAACAAAGGAAAAUAGAUUAUGAAUCAAUUGAAAAAUUACCAGGUAAAUCAUUUGAAAAUUUACAAAUUGAAUUUGAUUUAGAUCUUGCACCACCAUUAAUAAAUUUCUAUGAUCGUCUUAAAUAUACUCAAUCUAGUUUGAAAGAAACCAUUAUAUUAUCAGAAUUCAAACGUGCAAGUCCUUCUAAGGGGGAUAUUAAUAUAAAUGCUCAUCCAGCUAAUCAAGCAUUGACAUAUGCUAUUAAUGGUUGUUCCACCAUUUCUGUUUUAACUGAACCUCAUUGGUUUAAAGGAUCCUUAGAUGAUUUAACUUUGAUCCGUAAAGUGAUUGACAAACCUACCACAAACGAUUAUAAACGUCCAGCGGUAUUGAGAAAAGAAUUUAUUUUUAAUAAGUAUCAAAUUUUAGAAAGUAGAUUAGCUGGUGCUGAUACAGUUUUGUUAAUUGUUAAAAUGUUGAAUGAUGACACGUUGUUACAUGAACUAUAUCAAUAUUCUUUGGAUUUGGGGAUGGUUCCAUUGGUAGAAGUUAAUAAUAGUGAUGAAUUAUCUCAAUCUUUGAAAUUGACUUAUAAGGGUUCAACUGAAGAACCAUUAAUUAUUGGAGUUAAUAAUCGUAACUUGACUACUUUUGAUGUUGAUUUGAAUACCACAAGUAAUUUAGUAAAGCAAGCUAAAACUAGUGAUAGAAAAGGUGACGUGUUGGUUCUUGCAUUAUCCGGGAUAAGUUCAGUGGAUGAUGUAAAGAAGUACCAGUAUGAAGAUAAUGUAGAUGGUUUUUUGAUUGGAGAGAGUUUAAUGAGAGCUGAAGAAAAGGGUGAAGCAGGUAAGUUUUUGCAUGAUUUAUGUACUUGCUAA